AUGCCAGCUAAAAUAAAAAAUAACGUUUUAAUAUAUGAGGGUUGUAAUUAUUUACGAUAUCGUUUAUUAUUAUCAACAUUAUCAGGUAAACCUGUGCGAAUUACAAAUAUUCGAAUUAAAGAUGACAAUCCAGGACUUAGAGAGUAUGAAGUCAAUUUUAUUCGUUUAUUGGAUAAAAUUACAAAUGGAUCAAGAAUAGAAUUAAAUGAAACAGGAACUAAUUUGUACUAUAAUCCUGGAUUAUUAAAUGGUGGUGAAUUUGAGCAUGAUUGUAAUAUACAACGAGGUAUUGGUUAUUAUUUAGAAGGAAUUAUGAUAUUAGCUCCAUUUUGUAAAAAUACUGUAAAUGUAAAACUUAAAGGAAUUACAAAUAAUACAAUAGAUCCAUCUGUAGAUAGAAUUAAAGCAUCUGCUAUACCUAUAUUAAAAAAAUUUAUAUCAGGUGAUAAUGAAAUUAUCUUAACUAUUAAUAAAAGAGGAGCUGCACCUUUAGGUGGUGGAGAAAUCAAAUUUAAAUGUCCUAUUAGUCGUAAUCUUAAAAGUAUUCAACUUCAAAAUAGUGGAAUGGUAAAAAGAAUAAGAGGUACUGCAUGUAGUAUACGUGUAUCUCCUGCUAUUGGUAAUAGAAUUGUUGAGUCUGUUAAAUGUAUAUUAUUAAAAUUUUUACCAGAUGUGUAUAUUUAUACAGAUCAUUGUAAAGGUGCAUCAAGUGGAAAAUCACCAGGUUUUGGAGUGAGUUUAUCGGCUGAAACAACUUCUGAAGUUAUUUUUGGCGGAGAAGCAUUUUCACCUCUAAUGUCAACAGGUUCUUUACCAUGUAUACCAGAAGAUAUUGGUAAAGAAGCAGCUAUGAAAUUAAUUGAUGAAAUUUAUAGAAAUGGUUGUGUAGAUUCACCUUUUCAAGCUAUGACUGCAAUGUUUAUGGCAUUGGGUAAGAAAGAUGUUUCUAAAAUUGUAACAGGUCCUUUAACACCAUCAAUGAUACAAUUUUUAAGGGAUUUAAAAGACUUUUUUGGAAUCAUCUUUAAAAUUGAACCAUUUAAAGAAAACGAUGAAAUAUUAGAACAAGUUGUUUUAACUUGCAUAGGUGUAGGAUACACUAAUAUAAAUAAACGUACUUUGUAAAAUA